AUGCCCUCGCUCGCGGACCUGGUGCUCGACUGGCAGCGGGGCGUGCAGGCUGUGGCGCGCGGGGACUGGGACUGCGCCCUGCGCCUCUUCUCGGGCGUCCCAGGGCCGCCCGCCAAAAUGUGCUUCAACGUGGGCUGCGUGCAUCUGCUGGCCGGGGACCCCGAGGCGGCGCUGCGGGCGUUUGACCAAGCCGUGGCCCGGGACGCCUACCUGGCUGUCGGCUUCUUCCAGCGAGGAGUGGCCAACCUCCAGCUGGAGAGGUUCCAGGAGGCCCUGUCCGACUUCCGGCUGGCCCUGGCCCGGCUGCGGGGCAACACCGCCAUCGACUACACGCAGCUGGGCCUGCGCUUCCGGCUGCAGGCCUGGGAGGUGCUCUUCAACGUGGCGGCAGCGCAGUGCCGGCUGGGGCUCUGGGCCGAGGCCGCCCGCAGCCUGGAAGAAGCCAUCUCCCGGGAGGGGGCCCGCAGCGACCUGAGUGCGGCCCUGGCCCACGUGCAGGGACAGGGUCCCCUGCGGCCUCGGAGCGUCCCCAGGGGCGAGGUCUUCCGGCCCCCCAGGCGGCACCUGGAGCAGCUGCGGCCCGUGGACUUCCUGGGCAAGGCCAAGGUGGUGGUGGCCUCUGGCAUCAGACCUCAGCAGCCCCAGGCUCCGGACGAGGGUGCUGGAGCCAGGCCCAGGGCGGCUCCAGGUAGGAAGCGGCGCUUCCGCUCCACACGCGUGCCCCUCCCGUCGCGGCUGCGGGGUGGGACCGUCGCGCCCCCUUGCAGGUUGGAACCGGCCAAAGCCCUGGGGCCCAUGACACCGGCCCCUGUGGAGCCGGCACCCCCGUCGGCCCUGGAAGCGCCCCCUGACGCAGCCAUGGAGGUGGGACCUGGCCCCCGCGCGUCGCCCCCUGAUGGUGAGCCGCUGAGUGAGCAGGCCCGGGGUGAGGGGCUGGGGCCACGGUACCGGGAGAACUGCCCGCCCCAGGCUGAGCGCGGGGACCGGUGGCCUCAGCCUGGCACCACAGGGUCCCAGGAGGGCGCCCGCCGCCUCGCGCCUCCCUGGGUGCGGGUGGUUCUGGUGGCUCCUCCAAAAUGUUCCCCUUCGGGGGCGAGGGCCAGCGGAACCUCUGCUCUGUCCCCUCUGGCAGGGCAGCUGGCGGCCAGGGGGCCAGACCCUGGACCCUCUGAGGACCCCGUGGAUGCUGGGGGAGUGGCCGUGGGCGACCCCACGUGCCCGGCGGCCGUCACGGUGCACUGCGCCUUCACCCUGGCCCUGGAGGCCCCGAGAGGAGCCGGCCUGUCCAGCCUGAGGGACCUGCUGAGCCAGGCCCUCCCCGCCCAGGCCUGGUGCGGGCAGCUCAGCUACCGAGAGCCCGGCGACACCGGGCGCUGGGUGCCCCUGGCUGAGGAGGCGGCGCUGCAGAGGGCCUGGCGGGGGGCGGCCUCCGGCCCCGCGGGGCUGCAGCUCCGGUGCCGGGCCGUGGGCGGCCGGCCCGUCCGCGCUCAGGCGGUGGCCCAGCUCGGCGACGCGGCCCGGCGGCCUGAGGACUCGGACCCGCCGCCGGGGGACACCGUGGACGUCCUGGUGGACCGGGCGUGGCCGGAGGGCCCCUGUGACGGCCGCGUCGGCAUCUUCCCCGAGUGCCUCGUGGGCCCGGCCGGGCGGCGCGUGUGAGGAGCCCCGGCAGCUGCAGCGGCGUCAGCCCUGAGGGGCCCCGGGCAGCGGGGGGGUUUGAAUAAAAGCAGCCACCUGUCCAGCGAGGCGUGGG